CAGUCCUCCCCCAGCAUUGGUUGACUGAAGAGGAUCUCUGCAACCAGCAGAGGAACUUCAGAGUAGACCAGGAGAAUCCACAACCUCCACAGGCUCCAGAGGAACUGCAGGAUCCAGAACCUUCAUCGAUGAAAGAGGAACCAGGAGAACUCUGCAUCAGUCAGGAUGAAGAGCAGCUUGAUCUGAAGCAGGAGACUGAAACCUUAAUGGAGAUUCCUGCUUUGGAGGAACAUGUUGACAGUGAAGCAGAUGGGAACAAUCAGCAGAGCUUUAAUGGAACUGAUAGUCAGGAUGAAGAAGGAAACCAACAUGAAGAAUCAACAUCAACUCCAGAUGAAGAGACAGAGCCACAGAACAGAGAUCAGAGGAAGAGAAGAGACAGAAGUCAUGUCCAAAGUGUGGCCAGCUCUCACAUGUCAGAAGGUCAGUGUGACUCUAAUAUUAAAAAGAAGUUAAAGAUGAAAACUUUGGUUAAGAAAUACAAACAACCCGAAAAAGAAGAGAGACUUUCCUCUGCAGGGUCUGGUAAAGGAACAGCAAUUCCACACGGUGUGUCUGUCCACAUGAGAACUGAGACGAGCCCUGAUGAAAGAUCUUAUGUCUGUAAAGAUUGUGGUAAAAGAUUUGGUGACUGCUCUAAGUUCAGAAAUCACCUUAGAACUUGUUUAGGAGAGAAGCCUUUCUCUUGUAUAGAAUGUGCUAAAAAAUAUAGUAGUAAAACAAAUCUCAAAACACACAUGAGAACUCACACAGGAGAGAAGCCUUUCUCGUGUAAAGAAUGUGACAAAAGUUUUAGACAAAUGUAUUCUCUCAAAACACAUAUGAGAACUCAUACAGGAGAGAAGCCUUUUUCGUGUAAAGAAUGUAACAGAAGUUUUAGUGAUAUGUCUCAUCUCAGUAGACAUAUGAGAACUCAUACUGGAGAGAAGCCUUUUUCGUGUAAAGAAUGUGACAGAAGUUUUACUCGACGUUCUAGUCUCAAAACACACAUGAGAACUCAUACUGGAGAGAAGCCUUUUUCGUGUAAAGAAUGUGAUUCAAGAUAUAUUCAAUAUCCUAGUCUCAAAACACACAUGAGAACUCAUACUGGAGAGAAGCUUUUUUCGUGUAAAGAAUGUGACACAAGUUUUAGACAAAUGUGUCAUCUCAAAAGACACAUGAGAACUCAUACUGGAGAGAAGCCUUUUUCGUGUAAAGAAUGUGACAAAAGUUUUAGAGAUAAAUCUGGUCUCAGAACACACAUGAGAACUCAUACAGGAGAGAAGCCUUUUUCGUGUAAAGAAUGUGACACAAGUUUUAGUCAAAUGUCUAAUCUUAAAUCACACAUGAGAAGCCAUACAGGAGAUAAGCCUUUUUUGUGUCAAGAAUGUGAUUUAAGAUUUAGUUGUAAAUCUCAUCUUAAAACUCACAUGAGAACUCAUACAAGAGACAAACCUUUUUCGUGCAAAGAUUGCGAUAAAAGUUUUAGUUUUAAGUCUCAUCUCACAACACACAUGAGAACUCAUACUGGAGAGAAGCCUUUUUCGUGUAAAGAAUGUGACAGAAGUUUUAGUCGACUAUCUAGUCUCAAAAGACACAUGAGAACUCAUACUGGAGAGAAGCCUUUUUUUAACAAAUGAACCCCCCAGCAGUGAUUAUAAGGAGGAACAAGUGUUUAUUGAAUGCAGAGAGACGAACAGUUUUCUGAAAACAUCCCUUUACGAUUCUUCUGAUAGAAUAUUCUAAUUUUUGAAGACUAUUUUUUAGAUCUUCCUCAUCUAUAGGUCACUAUGAUAACAUUAUUCUUAAGGAAGAAUUCUGUAGGUGAUUCUAUACAUCAUGAGUUUUACUUUUGUGUUGAUUAACAAAAAUAUUUAAGUUGAUCACCACAUUUCUUUUUUUACAUAUAUUUGGAAGUUGAAAUGUCUUGUUUUAAUUAUGACCAUAAGGUUUGAUUUUUUUUAAAAAUGUUAUUAAUAUUCAGUUUUUUUUGGUAGAUUUUUAUUCAUAGGUUUUUGUUUGAAGUUGUUUAGUUAACCAUUGUGGUUGUAGUUUAAGUUGAGUAAAUGUUCUCUAUGUUCAGUGUGUUACCAUGACAACACUAGAAUGAUUUUAAUUCAUCUCUAAUUCUGUUUUUUUUAAUGUGAUCAGUGAACAUUUCUAUACUGUUUUCUUUAUAAUAUAAUCACAGUUUAUAUUUUGUUGAGUCAUGUUAGUAAAUAACAGUUUUGUGAAAAAAAUAUUUUCCUAAAAAUGUUUUAAGGAGGUUUCAGGUAAAGAGUCAAACUGGUGUUAGUGUUGUUGUGAUUCCUGUUUUGUAUCAGAGAUUAGAAGUGUUUCUUUGUUCUUUUUAGUUCUCAGUGUUCUGUCUCAAUCUUUCCUGUGAAGAAUAAAGUGGACGUGAACAUCA